AUGACAGAGCAAAGGCCAUUAGAGGGCGCUCAACCUGCCAGCAAGUCCAAAGUCGCGAGGUUCAAUACCCAUGUAUUGAAAAAGCUACAAGCCGCAGUCACAAAAGAUCCAGAGACCAACUUGGCCGAGCAAUUCCCCGCGGAAUAUCCGCAACGUCUCAUGGAAAUGAGACAACCAACCGAAAGCUCUUCGAACCCGGUUGAAAUUGUGUUUCCUUUUUCGGAUGCGGUUGCAAAAUUAAUCGAGCCGGUGUCAGAAACUGCGCGAGCUUUACCGGUCGGACUCUCUCAAAGGCUGUUUGAAGUUCUCAAGAGUAGUCAAGUCCUUUGGAAAGCCCCCUUCGCUCGCCAGAAGGGAGUGUUCAAAUGCUCCGCAGAAAUCGUUGUCAAAGCGGUUCGCAACAUGGAGCACUAUACUGAAUACACCGCUUUACAAUAUCUUGACCGUCAUAAGUCAAAUAUUCCAGUACCAAGGCCUCUUGGCUUAGUGCGUAUGAGUGGGAUUUCUUUGAUAUUCAUGAGCCACAUGGGGUCUACGCCGCUUGGGGAAGUCUGGCACACACGUGCCUCGUACGAGCCAAAAAAGUAA